AUUCAAUUGGCCCAAAAACUUCCUCGCAUAUGGCAGCAGUAGGCUAAUGAAGUGGAUGAUGCGUACUGAUUGGAGAACAAGGCUUGAGGGGAGUUGUAAGGCGAGAGUAGAUUGGCAGAGGCGCGGCCGCAUGUGUCUGGCUCCUCGUCUUUGUAUACAGACUCGCUCGCUGAGCCCUUUAACAAUGGACGAAGAGAGCUACUCCGCCGGAUGGUGAUGGCAGAGUUUAGCUCCCACGGGAUGCUGCUCAUCCGCCUUUGACUGCGAUGGUCGGGGAGAUGCCCGAGGUGGAUCUCCUGGCCCAGGGCUUGUAAAUUAAGAAGCGGAGCUGCAAACUCCAGGCUUCGGUGCUGGUGCUACCGUCCCCUGCUGAUUCCCGGAGGCCUCAUCCCGUCUCAUGGAGCUAGAGGGGCAAUGGUGGAAAGGACAGCUCGCUGCCGAUAUCCACCAAGCACUUCGCUACAAGGAGCUGAAGCUUCCCUCCUAUAAAGGCCAGUCUCCCCAGUUAAAUCUGAGAAGAUAUUUUGCAGACUUGAUUGCCAUUGUGAGCAAUCGCUUCCGACUCUGUCCCGCUGCCCGACAUCUUGCCGUUUAUCUGCUGGACCUCUUUAUGGACCGUUAUGACAUAUCGAUUCAACAGCUACAUGUGGUUGCUCUUUCCUGCUUGCUUUUAGCGAGUAAAUUUGAAGAGAAGGAAGACAGUGUGCCUAAACUUGAACAGCUAAACAGCUUGGGUUGUAUGACUAACAUGAACCUGGUACUAACAAAACAGAAUUUGCUGCACAUGGAGCUGUUGUUGCUAGAAACGUUUCAAUGGAAUCUCUGCCUCCCAACGGCUGCUCACUUUAUUGACUAUUAUCUCUCCAUUGCCGUUCAUGAAUCUGAUCUUCACGAUGGAUGGCCAAUGGUUUGCUUGGACAAGACAAAGUUGUAUAUGGCAAAAUAUGCUGACUACUUUUUGGAAGUAUCCCUGCAAGAUCAUGCAUUUUUAAAUUAUGCCCCUUCGUUAGUGGCUGCUGCGUGUGUGGCUUCUUCAAGGAUUAUCUUGCGUCUUUCUCCAACAUGGCCAGCACGACUCCAUCACCUUACUGCUUACUCCUGGGACUUCCUGGUGCCAUGCAUUGAACGAUUACUGGUUGCCCACGAUAAUGAUGUAAAAGAAGCCAACAAGCAAAAAGGACAACACAGUUCUCAAGCUGCCCAGCACGGUUUAUUUCAAACAACCAUUCAGCCUCCACAGCAGCACAUACCCCAGUAUGUUCAAGCACAACAAACUCACCAGUAUCAUCAAACAGCACAACAACAAAACUGUCAGCAGAUGGUGUCAUCUGGUCACAUGACUUCUUAUCCACUGCAGACUUGCCCAGCUGCUUUACAAGGUGGUGUCCAGGCUAGAGAUCAUAUACAGACUGCUGCUGGAAUGUCGCUAGCUGUACCAAUAGAAGUUAAGCCAUGUUUAAGUGUUUCCUACAACCGAAGCUAUCCGAUUGCUGGACGUUAUCCUUGUAUUACUCCCUGCUUUGAGAGGUGAUAACUACAGCAAAACACUAUAUGCUGUCAGAGUCCAAUAACAUGGAGGACAGUUAAUCUAUUGUUUCUCAUAACUGCAGGAAAGUGGCUGAAUACUAUGUUUUACAAAAGGUAACUCAACAGCAGAAACUGCUAAUACGAGAAUAUACCUACUGAUAGGGCGUUAUUAUCUGAGAAAGAUGAGAAAAAUAUUUCUGGCACACACAAGUUCUAUGCGUUCAGCUUAAUCCUGCCCUUAAAACAGAUUUUGAGAGACAGCUGCACUGACUUACUUUGUCUUCCCAUGAAGACAAAUGAUCCUAUGUGCUUUUGAAGAGACCCCUGCUUCUACCCUUCUCCAUACAGUAUUGAAUAAGACAUUAAAGUCAACCAAGUGCCAUGCUUUCUCAAAAGAUGGCGACCCAUGUGGACGGAAGAGAACCUCUUGAUUGAAAUCAGUAGCUCAGUUCUCCAUCCAGGUCUAUGGAUGAGGUUUUGUGUUAAUGCUGUUGGGUUAACAUUUCUAUGUCUUCUACUUCAAAGUACUUUAGUCUUUGCUGAUAUCAUGUUAGAGGUAAAUUGUCAAACUAACUCAGGGAAUAAUCAAACUACUGUGAUACUGAUGCAUAUCAUUUAAGUUGUUAUUUUGGGUUCCCUUGCUCAGGGUAAUUGCAGUAGUAAAUACCAAUGGGAGUUCAGAUACACAUCCAGAUUACUCCCUUCAUCCAUCCAAAAGUGUGCUUUCUAAUGGGAAGAAUAGUGUGCUAUCUUUAAAUGAAACAAAUGUUGUACUAUACCUAACAAAGUAUUGUUUGUGAUGUCCCCUAGUUUAUGUAACCUACUAUUUAUGUCCAACUCCCCCUUUUUUAUUGUAUGCAUUCCUACUUAAAGGGGUAAGGAGGAGGUACAAUUUAAAUCCUUUCAAGAAAUAUAGGUUUCUUCAUGAUGAUUGCAGAGCAGGUAGGGAAUGGAAGUUCUUGGGCUCUAUCUACCAGAACAGCUAUCGUUUCUUGUUUCUGCAAUUAUAUUAAUAGUGAUUCAUAUAUCUUUUUGAUGUGAACUAGGCAGUUAUUCAAAGACUGCUAAGUACAUAACUAUCAGAGCUGUGAUAGUUUUUAGCUAUUUGAACCCCUAUACUCAGCUCUUACCAGAAGCAGAAUUUCUCGAGUGGUAAAUAGGUGAACAACUUUAUUAGGAUCUCCUCUAGCUUACUAUUUGAUAUAGAUACGAGAAGGAAACCAUGGUGGUUGAAAAUGUAGGGUAGCACUUGUAUCCUGGGUCUGGGGAGGUCUUCAAAUUUUCAAAAAAAUAGUGGAAAUGGGUAUGGGAAACUGAUGGGAAAACAUGAAUAUAGAAAUUAAUAACAGAUUUUCCCCCAGAGAAAGGACCAUCCCAAAACACUUGGCGUUUUGAGGGAAAAAGCACUGCUUGAUUUAAAAGUGGAACAUGCUACAAGAAAAUAUUCUUUAAUUUAGAGGAGAAAGAAUCCUCUGUAGCAAUUAUUUUAUACCAUAAUAUAUUUUCAGGGUGUCUCUUUGACAGAAAUUGAGAGUUUUUGAAAGAAGGAAGGAAAACAUUCUGAGAAUACAUAUUUGUUGAAGUUUAGAAAAGAAUGGGGGUCUUACGGUGUAAUUUUUGAUGGCUUCACUUGAUAUAGUGAAGUGUGAGGAUGAAGGACUAGAGAAUGCGUCUGAAAGGAAAAGAUACUCAUCUUACCUUGAAAUACUAUAUAUAAGACUCUUCAUUGUUUGACUACCUCAGUAAUACUUUGAAUGUACAGUCUUGUGGUGAUCCAUGACUUGAAACAAGAAGUUACUUCUAAAAUUUUUAUGUUGGGUUCUUUCAUUCUCCGUAUGUGAGAAACAAAGUAGAAUUACUAAUACAAUAGAAAAGUCUACUUUGUAGGCCUUUACACUCAAAUGUUAGCUGAUAAUUAACACUGGAAUUAUGGGGGAGGGGUGAUUUGCCUAGUUAACAGCAGAGCCUACAUGAAAUAGGGUAUUUGUAUUGAAGUCAUUAGACUUACAAGGACCCACUAUGUGCUGUUGGGUUUGUGGUUUGCCUUGUUGGUUUUUUAUUUAUUUAUUAUUUAGCCUUUUGAGUUUGACAUACUAGCAUUUUUGACAAUAGAAUAUGCACUGUGAAACAUUUCCAGCUAUUUUUUAUGGGUUUUGUCAACCUUCACUGAAUCCACACACUACUUGAAAUUCUUACUGAAGGAAUUAAAACACGUGUCAUUGUCAUGAGAGAAAUAUCCACAACAAAUAAGUCCAGCUGAGUGCCAUGCACUCUUUUAAAAAAUAAAACUAGUUUUGAGCAAU